GCUGGCGGCUCUGGUCCGCGACCAGUGGGACAACAGAGAAAAAGGUACCAAGAAAACUAGUGUGCAGUUUUUGGAGUUUGAGCUGCCCUGGUACCUAAGGCUCGUACGGUUAUACCAGUAAGGAGAUAGGUAGACAGACAUUGGAUGACCCAUCGGAGAUGUGCCUCAGCGGCUUCGGGGGACUCGACUCGUCGAAAGGAAGGGGGCCACAAAGUAAGGUAAGGUAGCCGUAGUGCAGCAGCGUGCAGUGGUGCUGAGUGAGUGAUCUCCAGUCCUGACAAGGUCCAGUCCGCCCGAGUUUGACCUCCCACCUCACCUCCUUCCCUCUCGGUCAGAUGAUCCACGCCCAUUCACCUUUUCCCUCAACGUCACUUCCCUCACCCGACGCACCUCACCUCUGGCGAAUUGACCGCCUACCACCACCCACCUAGCAACGAACACAACACCAAGCAGAUUUAUCGUGUGUUUUUGCCCUACUUCCCUACGCAGCUUCCAACAGCUUUUAUUUUGCUGCACCCAUCAUCACCUAUAGCUCAAUCGCUACCCCUCAUCAACUUUUACCCCGCCAUCCGUCAGAGCUUCGGUCAAAAUGGUUGGUCUCGGUCCCAAGGUUCCGCCCAGUAGGAAGGGUAAGUUUUGCAGCUACGAUUUCCCCCUUCCCUUUACUCCUUCUCCCUACCUUUGAACUCCUGGAAAUACCCAAGGGCGACACGAUGGCCUUAUAUGCAAAAAUGACAUGGUGUACCGCCUCACGUUGAGACUGAGACAGCUCUCGAGAUGAGGUGGUCUUCAAGCUACUACUCCCUGUACGCCAUUCCGCUGGUGUCGUCCCACCCUCCAAGUCAUCCUCAACGCCUCACCCUCAAAACUUUCGUCCCGCUCGCACCAUCACAAUCACCACCGUCCAAUCCUGCCUCCCACCCACGGCUGGAACGGCCAAUUGCCAUUCGGAGAUGACGCGCCACAAGGCUGGACCGCUAUGCAGCACUUCCCGGUGGCCGGAGCUUCCCCAAGCCAGAGGGGUACCUUGCUUGUCAAGCAAAAGCAACUCUCUUGGGAAAAGCUCAAGCCAUCCAGCGUUGAGGUGGAAGACCUUGUCUCACUUUGCCAGACAUUCCCCCACCUUGAUCCCCCAGCUUUCUUUCUCCGAUGACUGCAGCUAUCUAGUUAUAAACAAGCUGGCAAGCGCUGCUUGUCUCCCCUCCAGGCCUUUGUGUUGACCGCUACAUCGAUUGCUUGUUGUUAUUUGCCCUUUGUCUCGCGAGCUUCGAUUCUGGAUCUUGUUUUCCUGAACACAAUCAUUUUGUGAUAUCCAUCCACCAAACGUUGCCACGCUCAAGUGUGGCAAGACACCAAAAUCUCACAGCCAGCUUCACACAACCGUCACAAUGGUGGACAGAGCGAUUGCCCCCGCUACAAGGGAGAGAUCCUACCACCACACCGAUAUCUUUGUGCCAUCACGUCAAAGCAAGAACAUACAUCUACAGAUUCAAUACGAUUCAUGUUCGCUAACCAUGUGUGAAAAUCUAGGUUCCAUGGCCGAUGUGCCUAAGGAUCUUCUGGCUGAGGUCAAGAAGCUCGAGGAGCAGUUCACCGUUCCGACUGAGAAGCUCAAGCAGAUCAGCGCGCACUUCAUCACAGAGCUGGACAAGGGUCUGAGCGUCGAGGGCGGUAGUAUCCCCAUGAACCCGACCUGGGUUAUGUCCUUCCCCGAUGGCUACGAGACCGGCACUUACCUUGCCCUCGACAUGGGCGGAACUAACCUCCGUGUCUGUGAGAUCACCUUGACGGACCAGAAGUCCGAGUUCGACAUCAUUCAGUCAAAGUAUCGCAUGCCCGAGGAGCUCAAGACCGGCCAGUCAGAGGAGCUGUGGGAGUACAUUGCCGACUGCCUGGCUCAGUUCAUCCAGACUCACCACCCCGACCACCCUCAAUCUCAGAAGAUUCCUCUUGGUUUCACCUUCUCCUACCCUGCCACUCAGAACUACAUCGAUGAGGGCAUCCUCCAGCGCUGGACCAAGGGUUUCGAUAUUGCCGGAGUUGAGGGUCACAACGUUGUCCCUUUCCUUGAGGCUGCCCUGGCGGCCAAGAACGUCCCUAUCAAGCUGUCUGCUCUGAUCAACGAUACCACUGGCACCCUGAUUGCCUCUGCCUACACCGACACUAAGAUGAAGAUUGGCUGUAUCUUUGGUACUGGCUGCAACGCUGCUUACAUGGAGGACUGCGGCUCCAUCCCCAAACUUGCUCACAUGAACUUGCCUCCCAACACCCCCAUGGCCAUCAACUGCGAGUGGGGUGCUUUCGACAACGAGCACAAGGUCUUGCCUCGUACCCCCUACGACAUCAUCAUCGACAAGGACUCUCCUCGUCCUGGCCAGCAGGCCUUUGAGAAGAUGAUUGCCGGUCUCUACUUGGGCGAGAUCUUCCGCCUGGUCCUUGUUGACCUCCACGACAACAAGUCUGUGCACAUCUUCGAGAACCAGGACAUUGCCAAGCUCCGUAAGGCUUACACCUUGGAUUCCUCGUUCCUGUCCGCCAUUGAGGACGACCCCUUCGAGAACCUUCAGGAGACUAGCGACCUCUUCCUCUCUAAGCUGAACCUCAAGGCCACCAGACCCGAGUUGGAGCUGGUCCGCCGCCUUGCUGAGCUCAUUGGCACCCGCGCCGCCCGCCUCUCGGCUUGCGGUGUUGCUGCCAUCUGCAUGAAGAAGGGCUACGACAACUGCCACGUCGGCGCUGACGGUUCGGUCUUUAACAAGUACCCCCACUUCAAGGCUCGUGGCGCCCAGGCUCUGCGCGAGAUUCUCGACUGGCCUGCUAAGACCAACCCUAAGGAGGAGGAUCCUGUUGAGAUUCUCGCAGCAGAGGACGGCAGUGGUGUUGGCGCCGCCCUGAUUGCGGCCUUGACCCUUAAGAGAGUCCAGAACGGCAACAUGGCCGGCAUUCUCCACCCCGAGAACUUCACAUAAUCAUCCCAAGACGCGAGGAUGGGUUGAAAAGGCAAUGAGAUUAAACAAAAAGCGAGGUCUUGCUAGAUGGGGGGGUUCUUUUUGAUAGGAAGUCUUAUCUGCAUUGGUUCUACGGUCAUGUCCACCAGACCUACUAGAUAGCUCAUACAAGCAGUAUUCCUACCCCCCAGGCUUUUACUUAUUUUCAACCCAUGAACGUGCACGUGGGCAAGCGGUACUCUGUCACCGGUUAGUAUUGUCGAGGCAUCAGGACACCCAGAAGAAGAAAAACUCACUAUCCAAAGUCCAGUACCGGCGCACGACACCCUCCCACUCGCCGGCGCCGGCCUUUUCCAAGCCCUUCAUGUCGACGUCCAUCUCGUCCCACUCAACGUCCAGGCCGGCGUCGGCCAUGUGCAUCUCGACCACCUUGGUGUAGACGUCGUAGCAUAUCCGCCGGUCGGCGCCCAGGCCGUUGAAGAAGCUGAAGCGCCCCUCGAAAUCGAGCAGGCCGGGGAUGUACUCCGUGAAGAAUGUCUUCAGCUGGCCGUAGUCUUCGCCGAACGUGUCAAAGUAGAUUGCGUCGUAGACUUCGCCGGCCUCGAGGAGUUGGGGGACGACGUCUUGCCACCUGCCGCGGUGGAUUUUGUAGGCUCCUGGUCGGGGGGACGAGGAUUCCCAUGCGGCGCCGAAGGUGGAGGGGAUCGAGUCUGAGUCAGUGGUGGUGGUGCCGUCGAUUUCGGCGAGGACUUCGGGGUGGGCUUCGAUGAUGUGGUGGCGGGCGGGGGAUGUGGCGCGGAACAUGGAGUCGAUUAUGCCCAUGCCGAAGCCGAUGUUGAGGAUGCGUUUGCCUGAUAUCGUGGAGGUAGCAGCAUCGGCGGAGGAGUCCUCGGCUGUGGAUGGUGGCGGGAUGAGGGCGUCGACGCUCUUGCGCAUGAUUUCCGUCUCCCACGCCAUCAUGACGCCGUUGCCUGCCUCGUCGACGAGUUUGCCGGAGGAGUAGGUCAGGUUGGAGGCGAGGUACUCUUCCGAGUUGAGGGAAGGGUCCUGGACGGCGGGUGGUUGGAACGUUUUGGGUUCUUGCUGCUGUUCCUCUGAGACGGGUGCUGGUGCCUCGACGAGUUGUGGUGCUUCUUCCGUAUCGUGUACGUCCUCAAUGACAACGUCGUUGGCGUCUGCGGUCCCUUCGACGGCUGCCUCGACCUCGUCCUCGUCCAUCUCCGAGCCCCCCGAAGAAAGCGCCUCGUACCCGUCCAACAAGCCAAACAGCAUCUCGGCGCGCACGCCGGCCUCGACGCAGAGGUUGUAGAGCGCCUUUUGGCCGAGGCGGAGGGCGAGGCAGCCCGGCGUCUCGUUGUUGUUGUCGACGUCGUUCCAGAUUGCGCCGGAGAGGAAGAGCUCGUGGACCGUUUCCUUUGCUUCUUCUACCUGUAGGUCUUCGCUGUCGUCGUCUCCGUCUCCAUUCUGGACUUCAUUAUCGGUGGAAGGGGGAGCAGGUCCGCAGGCGCGGAUGGCGGCGUGGAGGGGCGUCUCGCCGGUCGUGGGGUCUUGGCAGCUCGCUUGGCCCGGUUCCUGGAGGAGUUUCUUGAGGGCGGAGGAGUCGUGGCUCCAGGCGUGGAGGAGGAUUUCGCGGGUUGCGUCGGGGCAGUCUGUUGUGAUGCGGGCUUGCAUCGAGUCGUCGAUCGGUGUCGCCAUGGUUGUGUGUGUAUGGUGGUUUGGGGGGGUAAGUCGAGGGAGUUUGAACUCUGGGUGUGGGGGAGCCUCGAUCGUCUGGGAGGGAGAGGAUUUCGACCGAGAAGAAGGAAUUCGGAUCUAGACACGGCUUUUGCUCCGAUCGGUGUGCCGGAGGUGGUAGGGGGGUGUAGGUCCGUGGUGCGGUAGGAUUCUUCGAUAUCGGCCGGGUGUCUAAUCCGUAGAACUUUUUUUUUCGCCGUGUCCGCGCCGGUGUGUAUCCCCCGCCGACCCCGCCAUCCGCCGAAAGAGAAAAAAAAAAUCCUCCAGGUAGAGCCCUCCUGCGGGCUGCAGCAACAGCUGGCGUGUGACGUCUGCCGCACGUGCGCAUUUGUUGCUCGCAAUUGGCCAAUUGACACCCCGUGCCCCCCCCCCCCCUGCGGCUAGCUCUGGGUACCAGCGGAAACUGGAGCCAGA